GAUAACAGCUUUCUUUUGGCCAAUGCUAGAAUAGUCGACUAUCCGAUUGUAUAUUGUAAUGAUGGGUUUUGUAAGCUAUCUGGAUACAACAGAGCUGAGGUUAUGCAGAAGAGCAGUACAUGUAGCUUUAUGUAUGGAGAUCUCACUGAUGAUGAAACCAUCGCCAAACUGGAAGAUGCGUUUGAAAGUCUUGAACAAGAACAUGUGGAAAUCCUGUUAUACAAGAAAAACCGAACACCGUUAUGGUUAAUGUUAUAUGUCGCUCCUAUUAAAAACGAGAAGGAUCAAGUUGUGUUAUUUCUGUGUACCUUUAAAGACAUAACAGCCUUAAAACAGCCUAUAGAUGAUGAAAGUGGAAAAGGUUUAAGUAAAUUUGCAAGAUUAGCACGAUCAGUGACCCGAAAUCGAUCAACACUGCUACAGUUCUCAUCCAACAUUCCAAAUACAAAGUUCGACAAUUCAAAACCAUCACCUAUAGCCACGAUGAUGAACCUAAAUGCUGAUGUUUUACCACAAUAUCGUUUAGAAGCACCUAAAACCCCGCCACACAUAAUCCUACACUACUGUUUAUUUAAAACUAUCUGGGAUUGGAUCAUACUGAUCCUUACAUUCUACACCGCCAUAAUGGUCCCCUUUAAUGCUGCAUUUAAAAUAAAAACUAUGGAUCAGUUGCCCUUGCUUGUGAUCGACAGCAUGGUGGACGUGGUUUUCUUUGUGGACAUAGUGCUCAAUUUCCACACGUCGUUUGUGGGCCCAAGUGGUGAAGUAAUAUCGGACCCUAAAGUGAUUCGAAUGCAUUAUCUGAAGAGUUGGUUUGUAAUUGAUCUGUUAUCCUGUCUACCGUAUGAUGUGUUUAAUGCCUUCCAAUAUGUUGAUGAUGGAAUCAGUACCCUCUUCAGUGCUCUUAAAGUUGUGCGUUUGCUGCGUCUGGGAAGAGUAGUAAGGAAGCUUGAUCAUUAUUUGGAGUAUGGAGCUGCUAUGUUGAUCUUACUUAUACUCGUGUUCAUAUUAUUUGCCCAUUGGUUCGCUUGUAUCUGGUAUUCAAUUGGAUCUGCUGAACUACGUGGUCAUAUCUACUAUGGAUGGCUGCCUCAUCUGGCAAACACCACUGAAGAACCGUUCAUUUUUAAUAAUGUGACUAAUAAAUUUGUGGGAGGUCCUGAUAUUGAAAUGAAGUAUCUCACUUCGUUGUAUUUUACACUGUCGAGUAUGACUGGAGUGGGAUUUGGAAAUGUGGCUGCUAAUACCAAAACUGAAAAGCUUUUCUCUGCCUUCAUGAUGAUUGUUGGAUCAUUGUUGUAUGCCACCAUUUUCUCCAACGUGACAACAAUAUUUCAACAAUUUUAUGCAAGUUUUGCUCGAUACCAUGAUAUGCUGAAUAGUGUACGAGAGUUUAUGAAGUUACAUGAUGUACCGAAAUCACUCAGUGAAAGAGUUAUGGAUUAUAUUGUAUCAACUUGGGCUAUCACUAAAGGCAUUGAUGCAACUAAAGUACUUAAUUUUUGUCCAAAAGACAUGAAAGCAGAUUUAUGCGUCCAUCUAAACAGAAAAGUGUUUCUUGAACAUCCUGCCUUCAGACUAGCUAGCGAUGGUUGUCUUAGAGCUCUAGCUAUGCAUUUCAAUAUGACACAUAGCGCUCCGGGUGAUUUGAUAUUUCACUCUGGGGAAAGUUUAGAUGCUUUGUGUUUUGUUGUGUCCGGUUCUUUGGAAGUUAUCCAAGAUGAAGAAGUUGUUGCUAUUUUAAGUAAAGGUGAUGUGUUUGGUGAUCAUUUUUGGAAGGAAACUGGUAUUGGUCAGUCAAUGGCUAACGUUAGAGCUCUAACGUACUGUGAUCUACAUACCAUAAAAAGAGACCAGUUACUGGAAGUGCUUGAUUUCUAUCACGCCUUUGCCAAUUCUUUCUCCAGGAACAUGAUACUGACUUAUAAUCUUCGCCACAGGAUGAUAUUUAGAAAAGUGGCCGAUAUGAAGAAAGAGAAGGAGCUAGCUGAGAGAAGAAAAAAUGAUCCGCCAUUAGAUUUAUCAAACGACCAUCCAGUCCGUAAACUGAUAUCCAGAUUCCGGAAA